ACAGUUAAUUACUAUAUUAAUUCAGUAUUAAGUUUUUAAUACUAUAAAGAAUGAAAAUGAAGUUAAAUAAUUUUAUUGAGUUUGUUAUUAUGUUAUUUUUAUUUUCACUACAUAGUUUUGUUUUUUCGGUUGGCUUAGAUCAAAUUAUUCAGCUUAACAACAUCGUUGAACGAUUUUGUAUAAUGGAUUUCAAUUACAUUGUAUUUUUAAGUGAUAAUAAACAAUAUCCUUUUGAGAGUCUUUUUGAUAACGAUGAAUACAAAAAGUACAUUAUCGAAUGUAGAAAUGUUAAUGAAGAAAAAGAAAAAGUAUAUGCAUUAACACAACACUUUGGGGCGAAUAAUAAUAAUUACGAAGAAAAAUUAAAACUGAUUGCUGGUUUCCUAAUGUGUAAAUAUCUAGAACAAAUCAAAUUAAUUAAUCGUCUGUUAUUAUAUUUGGUCGAUGAAUAUCUUAGAAAUCUAAGUGAAAUUCUUUUGGUUGAAAAUUAUACAUUCUUAUUAGAUAAUUACGGAAUAGAUAUAAAACAUUUGUUACAAGUACUAGAAAAUGUGAAUAAACAUCAUAGUUAUAAAGGAAAUAUACUGGAAUAUAAGUACUCUAUAGAACAAUUGUUCAAUAAUAAACUCAAGUCUUCAAAAAAGAAAUGCAAAUUUUUAAAAAAAAUACCUCUUGAAAAUAAAUAUAAAUCAAUUUAUUUUGGACCAAAAUUUCAUUUAAACAAUUCUCCAAGCUAUGCCGACUUUUUGGCCGAAAUGAUUGAUUUAACCGUAAAAGAUAGUUUGCAAUAUAAUUAUUAUUUUACAAAAAAUAUAUGAAAGAUGAAAAUAAGAUAUAAAAAUUAUAAUUUUAUUGCGUAACUUAAAAUA